AUGGCGGCUUCCCAAGUGCCAACGGCAGACACGCGGUUCGAGAACGCCGUCUUGCGCAUAGACUGUCGCUGUUCGGUUCUCCCCACCAAACAAGUGCAAGACAAGUUGGCGUUGGAGUGCCUUUACCGAGGCGGAUGGGCAGCAGAGAGGCUCCAGCUGGAGAAUGAGGAUUUCUUCUCGGCUACUCAGAAGCUGACUCAGGGCCUCUCCAACUCGCCGAACCUGGUGGCUCUCUCAGAGUUGAAUGAUUGGGGCCUGGGUCACCUGGUGAACAAGGUAGUCGUCCGCGGCGACAUCAGUCGUGAAGUUGAGGCCUCCGUCCAGUCAAAUGGGGCGGUCGAACAGAGGCGCCGGAUCAGCGUGCUACGGCCCGGGACCUCACGGACGCAGAGCUUGAGCUCGCGGACCCUUCCCGACACGGACGUCAUUCCUGUUGAGAGAGAUGGGGAAAAGGACCUCAUUUCCACCGAGGCACAUGGGACUCUGGACGAGGCUCUGGACUUAAUUGACUUGACGCUCUUCCAGAACAUGAGCCGGAUGCGGAGCCAGCUAGCUAGCCCCCAGCAAAAGCAGGCCCCGUCCUAUCAGCGUGCCGCCGGUGCAGAUGAUGAUGCCUACAUCGAGGAGAUGUGCGGCAUUCUCAAUCCCGAGGAGCCCGAGGUCGAGGUGUCCUUGCGCGAGGAGCGCGAGACGUUCCAUUUCCGUGGCAGUGACUACGCUCCUCAUGACAUGAUUGGUCAGUGGCAACUUCGCCAAGGAGUUGGUCUCUGGGCUAACCUCGAGCAGUGCCUGAAGGUUUUCAACCGAAGCCGUGGUCGAUCCUGGGGCGUGCGUCAGUUGGUUCAAAUGGUGGCCGAGGAUAAGAAGGGCAGGUUCAUGCUGCGUGGCAUUGACAUCAUUUGGAAGGAAGCCACCGGACAGCAGGGUGCUCGGGCUGCCAGAGGCCACCACGCCAACAUUGCCGCAAGCAGGGACACCGACUUCAGCAUCUCUACGUCGUUCUUUUCCCUCUUGCCUGCAGAUGAUGCAAAUGCGGUCCUGGUGGAGGAAGUCGGGCAGCCCGCGAUAGCAUCUCCGGAAUCCUGCAGAAUGGUCCCUGGCUUCCAAGGUAGCGGACGAGUUCACUGCUACUUUGCACAGAUCCCAGUCAAGAAGCUCCUUGAAUUUUUUUGCACCGUCAGCGCUGAGGGAGUCGUGUUCACUGCCACCGUGGAUGAUUCUUCUACUCGCCCAAGCUCCUCUACUGCGGCUCCGGCGGCUCCCACUGAGAUAGGCACUACAUCCCGAAGUCAGGCUGAUUUCUACUCCACCACCAAGAGCGAUGUGGUUGCCAAGCUGACAUUCUUCAACGAGACUGCGGUGGAGCAGAUGGCGGACAACACCACGCAGUGCAACAUGUGUGGGUUACUAUGGCACGCUCAUGGAUGCUUCCACCUUUGCCGGGUUGGCCCUCGGCAACGGGGCUGGGGCUGCCCGUCGCUUCUCAAGGCGGCGACUCUGGACGCCCUGGUCGAUGAGCUCACUGGCAUCUUCAAUGACAACCUGCAGGCGGCCCGCGCCAAAGCUCCCACACGUGCAAAGCAAUCGGCGGCCUCAAAGGUUGCUGCAAUAGCCAAAGCGCUGCUCCCGCUGACCGUCCAAGAUGGUCUGCUGCUGAUUGGCAGCGCUGGAAUUAUGGCCGGUACCAUGGGCGCACCUGGUACUAUGUCAAUGAGCGGCGCCGCUACAGGGGCCAAUAAGC